UAUGCCAUUGGCAGUCAUCUCUCUAUACUCCCGACCUAGCUCGCGCUGGGUUGGUUAGGGGAAACUUCACUUCUGACUUGACAGCCUGUCAGAAAGUGGGAGGUCUCUAAUGACGUCAAAGCCUAGAAAAGUGGCUCUGUGGAACAGAGGGAACUCGGAACAGCUGAAAUGAACGGCAAACCACCGAAUGUGCGCGAGCCUUCGGAUAUAAUAACAGCUACCUGCCCCUGUCACUCCGACUCUCAUAGCCACUCGCCGUGUCAGCCAGGAUAUGUUUAUUUGAUUCCGCUUCUUAUUAAAAAAGGAUAUUCAUGUCUUUCUGAUGCUGAUGAUAGGCUACCGGUAUGGCUUUAAUUUAGAGCAUUUUAAACUGCUUGAACUGAGCUACAAGUAUCUUGGAGAAGCUGCGCCGCCUAAAUUGUAAUUUCAACAUUUUCUUUCCGUCAAAAGCUGUCGCUCGCGCUUUGGAGCAUAAUCGGUGUUCCGCACAGUCUUUAUUCCAGUUUAUCGAUGAACCCAAUGAAGGAUUCGUUACACUUGGAUCAUCACCAUAUAGGCAAUAAACUCGUCUCUCCAAACCAAACGACACUUGCUAUGGCUUCUAGUCUUCAGCCGCUGCAGCGGUCUGUAGACUCAAAACACCGUCUGGAGGUGAGGACACAGUCGGGAACCUCCAGCCCAGAGUCUAUAGAGAGAGAGAAAACUCAGAGCAAAAACGACGACGCUUCGGAUGAUCCAUCAAAAAAGAAAAGGCAGCGACGACAGAGGACCCACUUUACUAGCCAGCAGUUACAAGAACUGGAGGCCACGUUCCAGAGAAAUCGCUAUCCGGACAUGUCCACGAGAGAGGAGAUAGCCGUCUGGACCAACCUCACAGAGGCCCGAGUCAGGGUCUGGUUCAAGAACCGCAGGGCCAAAUGGAGGAAACGAGAAAGAAAUCAACAAACCGAACUAUGUAAGAACGGUUUUGGUCCUCAGUUUAAUGGACUCAUGCAGCCGUACGACGACAUGUACUCCAGCUACACGUACAACAACUGGGCCGCCAAGGGGCUGACGUCGGCCUCCUUGUCCACCAAAAGCUUUCCUUUCUUCAAUUCCAUGAAUGUCAACCCGCUGUCGUCACAGACGAUGUUCUCCCCGCCAAACUCCAUCUCUUCUAUGAGCAUGUCCUCGAGCAUGGUGCCUUCCGCUGUAACCGGCGUCCCGAGCUCCAGUCUGAACAGCCUCAACAACUUGAACAAUCUCAGCAACCCCUCUCUGAAUUCGGGAGUUCCGACGCCGGCCUGUCCGUACGCGUCCCCGACCCCGCCGUACGUUUACAGGGACACGUGUAACUCUAGCUUGGCCAGUCUGAGGCUGAAGGCCAAGCAGCAUUCGAGUUUUGGAUACGUCCAGAACCCGGCCUCCAAUCUCAGCGCGUGCCAGUACGCCGUGGACAGACCAGUGUGAAACCUGGGAAUUCUAAAUGCGGUUCACAACGAGCGGAGCCUACCAAAUCCUUUUCUUUUUUUUUCUUUUUCUGUCUCAAAAAGGCACUACAAGACUGCACACAGCUUAAAGGAGCGGAACCCGGAGGUGGAGAUCCUAACUCAAAAGGAAUUCAUGAUUAAUUAUACGUUCUCCAACGAGUGGUUUUGUUCGUCGUCAGGAGAGGGGAAGAAUUGUACUGGCGUAUAUAUAUACAUAUAUAUAUAUAUAUAUAUAUAUAUAUAUAUAUAUAUAUAUCGUUUUUUGACGUUUCGAAUUUUGGACACUAAUGACUGAGAGGAUGUACAUAUGUCUUGCAGUCGAUUCAUUUUUUAAGAGCAAAUGCUAGCUACAAUGUUUUCAAGGUUCAAAGCAUGUGAGAAUCGUAAAAAAAAUUGUUUUGCUUGCAAAUAAGGGAAUGUGUAUAUAUUAAAUGCUCCAGUUGUAUGUUUCUAACAUACCCUAAAUUUAUUAUUAAAUGUAUGUGUGAAUAUCGGUUUUAGAGUAGCGAUUCGGUUAUUAAGACGCAUAAAAUAUGGCAGCAAAACGAAAUAGAAUUUGCUCUGUGUUUGGUAUUUGGUACAGACUUUGUUUUUGUUUUGCAGCAACAAAAUAGUAAUAAAAUAGUGAGUUUAUUUAAUGGGAGUAAAUAUAUUGUUACGAUACUUCAAUUCGCUAUGUUGCCUGUUUCCUGUUGGUAUAACACAGUCGUAGUUGGGCCUUCUGCAUAUGAAGUGCUUUUCUAUUUUUUAUUUUUAUUUAAUUUUUUUAUUUUUUGGUGUUCAGUUAUUUCCCGAAUGUAGAAGGAAAACUUCUCUCAUACACAUUCUUGAAGUGUAAUACGCACAAGGAGUACCGGGCGGCGGGUUGUUCCAGGUAUGCUACCGUAUCUUGCAAGUUGCCUGCAUUAUUGUAGUAGUCGGAAUAAUAUCGGAACAAGAAAAAGGAAGAAAAGCUAGUCUAAAUCAACCGGUCAAAGAAGCAUCGACAAAUGCCUCUGGAAAUGCAUUACAGGUGCUGUUUAAAGUAUUAUUAUUAUUAUUAUUAUUAUUAUUAUUCACACGUGACAUGUUAAUUCUGUGAUAAUCUUUUGAACGUGGUAAUAAUAAUGGCGAGUUACGGUGUGUUACUUGUUGACCCACUUUCUCGCGGUAAAUUUUCUUUGCGCCCAACCGUACGUGUGUAUGUUCAAUGCUACCCUUCAAAGUUUUGUACAUAUUUGCGAUGGUAUUUAUUAAUCUGGAUUGCCCGUAUAAGCGUUAAACCGGGGCGUUCCAAAAUUAGAGUAUACCAAAAAAAAAAAAAAAAAAA